ACUAUGGGACGUUGGGUUGUGCUUCGCUCCAAUACAAGAUGGCUGACACUUGUUAGUAGUGUAUUUUCGUUUUAUCGAAUGUGUAAGUAUUUUAUAAAAAAAUCAGUGCCUUCGUAUUCAUGCACGUAUUGUGUGUGUAUGUUUGUACAAGUAGUACAGAAGUGGUCUUCCUUUUUUUAUCAAAUAGUUUUCUUAUCAUGCAUUAUCAGGAGUCAUCAAAAUGUACCGUGAAAGUGUUAGAGACAGAAUAAUUAUCCGUCACCAGCCAUAUUCAUAUGUGUUUUUUUGUUAUGACAAUUGUGAUAUGUAUAAUUCCUGUGAAAUAUAGUGCCAAGGUGAAGUGAUAUCUCACUUUGUUGUUCUUCUAUUCCGUUAUUGGUGUUUUACAAGAUUCGUUCCACUACGAAAUAGAUUAAAUGAAAGGUCAUACAAUUGCGUUGCAGCCGGGGCAGAGGUGAGGGGAGGCCAGGCGGAGAUCGAAGAAGGGAUGAAUGGAACGGCGGCGUUGCGACGCAGCGUCGGGGGUGGCGGAGGCGCCGCCGGGGGUGGAACCGUUGAACCAGCACCCGUCGCCACCCUCGUCGUCUAUAAGGACGAGGCCGGAUAUGGGAUGAAAGUCUCCGGUGAUAAUCCCGUCUAUGUUCAAUCUGUGAAGGAAGGUGGUGCAGCCGCAAGAGCAGGCCUUCACGCGGGCGAUAAAAUCAUCAAGGUUAACGGCGUGAAUGUAAUGCAGUCCACGCAUACGGAUGUUGUACAGCUCAUAAAGUCUUCGACGCAGGUGGUACUGACGGUACAGCAGAAGCCAGUUGCAACGAGCAGCGCGGCGACGACGGCCACAGGGUUACAAGUUGGUCUUGCGGGUGGACAUCAGAGACCAGUUAGUUUAUCAGCCGGUACCACAAUGGUAUCACCCUCGCAACCAGCAACUUCUUUACAUAGGGCGUCGACUGCUCCAGGCGCACCGUGUAAUGCACGUAUCACAGGACCUCAACCCGUUGAUCACGAGAAAAAGCGACAAAUGGAAACUCAGCGCGUUCAUACAUUCCAGCUUAUGUUGGAGAAAGAACAAAGUUACGUUGAUAAGCUUCGUAGUGAACUUGCGAAAGCCAGCACUGGUAGUGGUAAUGUUAAUGUUGUAUCACUACAAUCAGAAUUGGCGGGUGCCGAAAGAAGGGUACGCACCAUGCAGGAACAACUAGCUGCGAUUACUACUAAUGAACAGCUUUGCUCGUUGGUAACAAACACCUCGUGUUCCCCGGGUUAUUAUUCACCCUUGAGUAGUUGCAGUGGUGAUGUACCACCGCCUCUACCAUCUCGUAAAUCCUUGUCCAUGCAAAGCCUGUCUCCGCCACCAUUGCCUCCCAGACCUCCGCCUACUACAAAUACGCACCACGUAGCCCAGUUGGAGCUGGAGCGUCAACUGUUGACUCAUUUAACGCCCUCAACCACCAGUCAUGGCAUACCUAACUCUCUUUCACAGGGUGCAAAUUUGGGUUCCUCAAAUUCACUUAAUAAGCACCAACGAACAAAAUCCAGUCCAGAACAAUUAGGAACCACAACUAUUUCUCCAUCAGAAGCUAGUAGACGUUUAAUAGCAUCAGAAUCAAUGAAUGAUCUUUCUCCUCCAAGGCAUGUAAGGCAUAGUGAUAUUGACAUAGAUGAAUUACCUCAUAUCACUCCUCCAGGAACUCCACCUCCACCAUAUCCAAUUGCUAGUCCAGGAAAUGAUACUUCUGGCUCUACUAUCAAUGAUACGAUAUUAAAUGAAAGUAUUCCUGGGUUGCCAACAUUACAACAGCCAAUCAUGUCAAUGGAAGAUGAUGAUAUGAGUGAUCAAGAAGUUGGGCAAUUAGAAGAUCAUGGCCCAUUCAAAUCUUUAUCCCGAUUAUGGGGACAUCAUGCACAUCUUGCUGUAUUUAUUAAUUAUGUUUUAUCAAAUAGUGAUCCCUCCAGUCUGUUGUUCUAUUUAGUAACGGAUCUGUAUAAAGAAGGUAAUGCAAAAGAAAUGAGGAAAUGGGCAUAUGAAAUUCAUUCUAGUUUUUUAGUACCUGGUGCACCUCUUCGUCUGCAUAAUGUAGACGAAAAUGUAGCACAUGAAAUAGAUGAUGUUCUUUUGAAAGAAUCUGAUAAGGAAGAAAUUCUACGAAAAAUUUUUUGGAAAGCACGUACACGUGCAAAAGAAGAAUUAAAUGAGCAACUAACAGAUUUUCAACAAAAGAGAACUGCUGGAUUAGGUACAUUAUUUGGUCCAAGUGAUGCUCAAUUGGAUGAAAGUGCAUCUGAUAAGACACGAGAAACAAAAAUUAUAGAAACAUACCUCUUACCUAAAAUGGAGCCUUAUUUAGAAGAUAUCGAAAAAGAACAUGUAGAUUUGCGACAAUUUACAACAGCAGCUGGUCUGGCAACAAUACUAACAAAAAUUUUCCAAGUCCGACCACUAUCUCUUGACCGAGUACCUACUUUUGUCGCAAAAGAUAAGUCAAAUCUCAAAGCGCGUUUACUUACGGGAAAAACCAGAAAAAUAUCAAUCAGAGGUCAUCAUUUUGUAGCUCAUCAAUAUUUCACUAUUACCUAUUGUAAUCAUUGUCAACUUAUCAUUGGUGGAAUUGGACCUCAAGGAUAUUUAUGUAGUGAUUGUUCUUUAAGUGUUCAUCGUCAAUGUGUUCGUGUAGUAGAAGAAAAUUGUCCAGGACCAUUGGUUAGAAAAGAAAGAGGUAAUGAUCGUAUAAGCAAAUUGAUGGAACGUAUCAGACCUGAAAGAAAACCACCAUCAUCACAUCAUCAUCACCAUUCUCAAAAUCACAUGCUUCAUGUUGAUAAAAUUAAAAGAAGUGAAGAAGACACUGGUGCAUUGACAGAUGGCGAAAAUGGAGAACAUCGCGGGGGCGUCAUAGCCGGAAACGCGCGUAGUAGUAGCGAAAGAGGACGCAUUUCCGCUUACAGCGGAGUCUCCGAUCACGCCGAUAGUAUGGACAAUCCUUCCUCGCGGGAAGAUAUUUCAGAAAUGGUGCAGCAAAAUAUUUCCAGUAAGCCAAAGACGUCAAACAUAAACAGGUCUGAAAGUUACAAGGAGCGGAUACAUCACAAGCGACAGCUACGAGAGAAGAGAAAGACCAGCGACCCAAAUCUCUCUAAAACGAAGGCUGGUUUCAGUGAUUCUGAACCGGCCGGGACAUUUCCCGGAAAUUCAGCGGGCAGUUCGUCGAACAGCAGCUUGUCGACGAGAAGUCUGGACAGUCCGAGUACCAGCCUGGAGCAGGUACAUCCAGCUACCUCCGCGGCCAACACAUCAACCUCGUGGGACAGCGAUGUUGAUGUUGAACCGGAUCCUCCUGAUUGGAGUCAAGGCGUUGCCGAGGAUGUCCUCGCUCGGCUCAGCAAUGCGGAGAAAAAACGACAAGAAGUUAUCAAUGAACUCUUUCACACGGAGCGAUCUCACGUGCGGGCGCUGAGAGUGCUAUCACACGUCUUCCACAAGCCGCUCCUGGAAUCACAAGUACUUCCGUUAGACCAAAUACAAUUAUUAUUUUCCAAUCUAGAUGAGAUGGUAACUAUUCAUUCGCGCUUCAAUCAAGCGAUGAAGCGCAAGAAGAAGGAGAAUCCAUGCGUGGGCGAUGUUGGAGAUCUUCUUUUAGACAUGUUCGACGGCGAGAACGGAGAAACCUUUGAGAGAGCUGCAUCUAUUUACUGUGCGAAACAGCAAGUGGCUCUGGAUGCUCUGCGAGAUCGUCGUCGGAAGGAUCCGAAAUUGAACUCUUUCUUAAAUGAAAUUGAGGCUAAUCCUCUUUGUCGAAGGCUACAGCUCAAAGAUCAUAUAUUGACGGGUAUGCUCCGAUUGACAAAAUAUCCUUUGCUCUUUGAAAAUUUGGCAAAAUACACGCCUGAAAGUAACGAAAAGGAAAGAGCUGCGGUUUUGCGAAGUCUUGAUCGAAGUAAAGAAAUUCUCAGUUGUGUUAACCAAGCGGUACGCGAGGCAGAAGAUUAUCAGAGAUUGGCAGAGAUCCAACGUACCAUCGAUAGAUCUGCAUUUGAUAAAUUUGAUCAUCCAACUGUUCAGGAAUUCAAGAAUCUAGACAUCACGAAACGUAAAUUGAUCUACGAAGGUCCGUUACAAUGGCGUAGAACCGAACAGAAUAGAGCAAAACCGGUCGAUUUACAUGUGGUAUUGCUCGACGAUACGAUACUCCUGUUGCAUCGACAAGAUGAAAAGUACCUGUUGAAAUUUAUCAAUCCAAAUCAAGCGAAUUCUGUAUUGAGUCCUAUUGUAAAAGUAUCUACUGUUCUUGUCAGGCAUAAUGCCGUAGAUAAAAAUUCUCUCUACCUGGUUAAUACAUCGCAAAAUGGAGCGCAGAUCUAUGAUUUAGUAGCAGCCUCGCCUGCAGAACGAAAACAAUGGUUUAAACACAUCUCUGAAGCAGCUGAAGCAUAUAAGGCUCGUGAUAAACAAGGUAGAAGACCUACUCCACCUACUACACUGCCAGAAGAACCUGGACCUACGAUCGAAGAUUCUUCUUCGACAGAACAUGACAAUAUUCCUAAUAAAACGGAUCAGGAUCAAGAACAAGAAUCAGAAACAAAGGAAUCUACGCAAGACACUAGCAUGGAACAAGAAGGAGAAACACCUAAUAUUUCUGGACCUGAGAUCUUGAGGAUUGAACAAACGAAACAGCAACAGCCACAACACUUAUCCGAACCUUCAAGCGCAGGUACAGGAGAACCAUUAAGAUUGGUUACUUGUACACAAGCAUCGUUAAUUGAUCCGCUUGAAGUUCAUGUAGAAGUACCACCUGUACAUGUUGCAGAACCAGUGCUUACACCAAUAGAGUGUCUUAGAAGAAAGGAUGAUAUUAUUAAGCAAGCACUGAUCGAAAAACAAUUAUUAGUAGCAGAUAUAUUAAAUAUUCCAAAAGAAGAUUUCGAACAUGUGGCUGAUAUGGCAUCUGAACCAUCAAGUAUAGAAAAAGAACCUGCUGAACUUAUACUUGCUGCUAUUAGUCAAGCGAAUCAAUUGGUUGGAAUGUUAAAUUCUGCAUUAAAUGUAAGUGAAACGGAAACUGUUCUUGCAUCACGUGGAGCAUCGAUAUUAGCAACACCGCCAAGUUGUGAGGCAACUGGUUGUCCAUCACCACGAAUGCAUCUUCAUCCACAACAACCAGCAAUAUCAAUUGCAAGUUUACAACCAAUUUGUCAUUCUUUAACUUCUCAAUUGUCACAAUUAUUGGAAAUUAUAAAAGAGAGAGAAGAAGAACGAGAGACAUUAAGAAAAGAGUUACGCAGAAGUAGAGAACGUCUUCAUGCUCUUGAUGCAGAUAUACAACGUCGUGAAUUUUCAGAAACAUGCACCGCAUCAAGUCAAACACAAACAGAACCCAGUGAAGUUUUAAAUAAGGAUAGCAGUAUUGACGAUCUCACUCGUGAUGAAUUUGUAGAUGCACGUGGUGAAUCUGAGACAAACGAAGAAUUGGAAUAUAUAGGACACGAAACAGAAACAGAAGUAAUGGGAGAUAGUGUCGGUUGAAAAAUGCAAGAUAACGCAUUAAAUAUUAUCAACUAGAUGCAUUUCACGAGCAAGAUCGUUUCCGAAUGCUCAUACUGGAAGAAAUCAAAAUUAUGUAAAAAAUGACAAAUGGCGAGUAGCUGUUUAUGGAAUACAAUAAUAUUAGAUACAUAUUUACAGAGUCAUGGGUCGAUGAUUAAUCAUACCUUUGCCAAAGAUUUUAUGUAACUGGAUUUACAUGAUGUAACAGCAAAUGCGCGUAUACAUCAUAUUAUAUCAAUGACUGGAAAUUACAUAAAUUUUUUAUUGCCAAUAGUAUAACAAUGCAGUUUCUGAAAUAAUAUGGUAAAGGAAAUUUUUUUGAAAGAAGUAAAGAGAAUUCCAAAUAGAUUACUAAAUUUAUUUUGAUUUAAUAUUUCUCUUUUUUUCUUAUACAAAAUAAAUAUACAUAAACAUACAAAUUAACAAAUUAAAUGAAAGCUUUAUAUGCAUAGAACAAUUUUUUUACUGUAGAUUAUUUUGAAAUCUACACUGUAGUACUCUUAUAAUACGUAUUACUGUAUAAAAAAUUGUUAUAUCAUGUCUGGAAUGGCAUUGAUUUCUAUAACAUUGUUUUAUAUACACAAUUUGUAUACCGAAAAAUUUUCCUUAAGAUAUUUUUUAAAAAAUUGAAGUCGAUUUUAUCGAAAUUACUUUGAAAUACUUAUUGUGCAUUUUAUACAAAAACAUUUACGUAAAUAUGUUAUACGCGUUUAGAACAAUUUAGUCGUUCAUCUCAAGAAACAUAACUUUUGUGAUCUGCUAUAAUAUAUUUGAAACCAACUGUGUCAUUAUAAUAAUUCAAUAGUCAUGAAACAUAAUUUGCAUUUAUAUAUAUAUAUAAAGAUAUUUAAUCAGAAGAUGCGUCGAUAUUUCAAUGUAUGUAAAGAAAUGCGAAGCAUAUAUUAAUGCAGAAUAAUGAUUUUUGAUGCAUUAUUAUUAAAUAAUACGCUUUUAGAUAUACUUUCCUUAUAUUUCAUGACCAUAUGUUCAGGAUAUUCAAUCUAAAAGUGCAAAUGCCGAUUGGUUUUUACUGUAUGAAUUAAAGAAGAAACUUUUUACAUAAUAUACCAUCUCUCUCUCUCUCUCUCUCUCUCUCUCUCUCUCUCUCUCUCUCUCACUCACUCACUAUUAUAUA